AUGACAUUAAAUGACACAACUACUAUUACUGUACUACAACAACAAACAUCUCCCGCCUCUAUCACCACAACUGCAUCCGCAAUGAAUUAUUUUCCCAAUAUGAUGGUUGCAGAAACACCAUCACGUCCCUUAAUUCAGAAUAAUUACUUGUUAACACCAGAAUGCAUUUUAUCUCCCUCCAUAGCUCAGAAAGUUCCUAUAACAACACCAUUAAUAUCUCCUACCACAAUUGUCUCGCCCGCAACUACCGCAACUAUUCCGUAUCAAUAUCCAAAUCAUAAUUAUGAUGAUCCAAGCUAUUUACCGAAAGUAACUAACCCAACUGACGAUGAAAAACGUCGACGUAACACAUUAGCAUCGGCAAAAUUUCGUAAUAAAAGGAGAAUGAAGGAACAAGAAUUAGAACGUAUAGCUAGGGAGAUGACAGAGAAAGCUGAAUUGCUUGAGUGUAGAGUUAAAGAACUUGAGAGCGAAGUUAAGCUAUUGAGAGGUUUAAUUAUUGAUAUUGAUUCUAGUCGAUUAAAUGGUUCAAGUCAUAAUAAUCGUCCAAUUAACAUUGGCAGUGAUAAUGAUUCAAUCUCUAGAAAUAAUCAAUUAUCAAGAAAUAUAAUGAUUGGUGAUGAUUAUAUUGAUGAUAAUAAUAGCGAUGGUGUUGGUAAUAGUCGAGUGGCAACGACAACAACUAACAUUUUUUAA